GCAGAUGCGGAAGUCACUAGGUCAAUUCCCGGACUUCGCUUUUCGUUCGCCAGUGAACCUUCGCCGGAGACAUGCGUAAUACCUGCUAAAGCUCUCCUGCUGGCUUUUUAAACUCAUUUGGUGUUUGGAAGUAAUCUAACCGGGGUGAAAGUCAAGUACCUUCUCCAGGCUGGUGUGUCUUUGCACGGCUGGAGGUGAAUCAGCUCGAGGCAACCGCGGAAGAAUAAGGAGAUGUCCUACUACUCAUCGUCCCGUAGUUCAUCCAGGGCCACCGACUGCAAGGUGUACGUCGGUGACCUGGGCAAUGGUGCCGCCAAGGGAGAGUUGGAGCGGGCUUUCAGCUACUAUGGCCCGUUGAGAACCGUCUGGGUGGCCAGGAACCCACCAGGGUUUGCUUUUGUGGAGUUUGAGGAUCCAAGAGAUGCAGAAGAUGCUGUGAAAGGCAUGGAUGGAAAACUCCUGUGUGGGUCACGUGUGCGUGUUGAGAUGUCAACAGGCAUGUCCAGGAAGGGCCGCGGACGCCCCAGCCGUCGGCAGUUUGACCCAAAUGACCGGUGUUACCAGUGUGGGGACCGCGGCCAUUAUGCCUACGACUGCUACCGCUUCAGCAAGCGUGGGCGCCGCAGCAGGUCCCGAUCCCGUUCUCGGUCAAGGUCCAGGUCUAGAUCUCGUGGACGCCGCUAUCGCUCCCGUUCUCAUUCUCGCAGCCGUAGUCGCAGCAGGAGCCGUCGCCGCUCUCCAUCAUACUCUAGGCGCAGGAGUAGGUCUGGCUCUCAAGCCCGCUCCAAGUCCAGGACUCCAGUGAGAAGUCGCUCCAGGUCUCGUUCUCGGUCCAGAUCUGGACCAAGAGGACGCUCCGCCUCCCGUUCCCGCUCUCGAUCCCAGUCGGCCAAUCACAAGAGGAACAGUGUGUGCUGGGAGCUGCGCACUGCGUUGACACUGCAGCUGAUCCCAGGCCAAGGGUCUGCCAGCUGGCGGUGUGUACAUCCUGCGGGAGGGUGACUAGGCGCUGAACUGAGAUCAGCCUUCGCCUGGUGUUAGACAGCGAGAACCUCUCCCCGCACAGUGAAUGGGUGACCGUCUGUCCAACCGACGCACAAGCUCAGACGAGAUCAGCCCGUGCACACUUACAGUUGUUCUCCUAGAGUCACACAGGCCGCCAGCCAGCCGGCAGAUCUACCAGAGCGCCGACACGAACAAUUCAGAGUUCGACCUUUUAAAAUCCAUUACCUACCUACCUACCUACCUACCAGACCCCCUACCUACCAGAGCUCUGCGGCCUCUGACUUAGCUUCUGAAAAUGAGAGCGAGCUGACCUGAGAUCAGUCUUCAAGAGCGUAGUCAUCCGUCCUUCAGUGCUUUCAUCCUUCGCUUCUCUGUACUUGUUGUUUCUGCCAGUGUCUCCAAAGGUAACAACAACCCCCCUCUCUAUACCCCCCCUACCAUGACAAGCUCAUGUUUUAUGGUCAAAGCAAAUGCACAGGCUUUAUGUACAACGUUGGUGGUGAUAGCUAAAACGUGAGAAUGAGCAUGCUGUGUGUGUGUGUGUGUGUGUGUGUUGUAAAUGAAUGUUGUCUCAGGAGGCCUCUGGUGCGCACAUUUCUGUUGUGCAUGCCUUCCAACAUAAACGCAAACUAUUUUAGGUAUACAUUUAAAUGCUGCAAGUCAGUCAGACUGGUUUUUCGCCUCAUGGCUUAGUAUCUGUUAAAAAGGAUGUAGCUGCAAUUUCUCCUCACAGCUCAAAUUGUCAACAACUUUUAAGUAGUCAGGUGACAGACUGGUUUCAGUUUGCCCGGGGGUCUAUUAUUUACCUCUUUGGACCUGGGAUACUUAACAUGUAAGCUAGUGCACCACUUGUAGGCUUUAUACCACAGCAAUGAGAGUGUGUGUGUGGGCGGGAGGGGGGGGGGGGUCUCGUGUCAUCAGUCUUUCCAUUCUCCCUUACAGCACACUAACUUCUCUCUAUUUCUGUUUCAGUCGUUCCCGCUCAGCAAGUCCACCACGAAGUCCAUCGCCAGCCGCCAACUGAGUGAAAAGACCCCCCUCCCACUCCCAACCCCUGUUUGUUUUUACGGCAGCCCUCCACGUUGUUUCCCAUGUGUGGUUAUGUUUUAUUUUUUUGAUUGGCUGAAGGUUUUAGGGCAUCCUCCCCGUAUAGUUUGUAUGAGGUGCAACUCUUACAGUACUUCUGCAUGAUGCUGAAUGUUGCAGUGGGCUUUUAACAGUGACAUUUAAACACUUUUUGCUCUUGUCCGCUCAUGAAGCAAAUGAUUCUGGCCCUGCUUUCCUUAAUGUACUUUUCUGUGCUGCACUGUCCCACCCCAUCUGUGUUUCCCCCUUCUCACAAACUACUGUGUGCUAAAGAGAUCCUCUGACCUUCAGUUUGUUCCUGUGUAUUUUGAUUUUGGAAGGGCUGCUGAAACAGUGGUUCCUGCUUGUACUGUUAAGACAGGGGCAGUUUUAUUUUUCAAUAAAUCUCUCCAACAUA